AUGGCCAAGAUCAAGGCCGGAAGGUUCGGCUGGAGAAAAGUGAUGCUGAUGUACGAGACGGACGCCUACGACACCGUCUCCGGAGAUCAGUCCUGCUUCUUGGCGAUGUCCAGCCUGGUAAACUUCUUCAAGGCGAAAAACGUCACCUACGGUUACUUCAACCUGGAGAAGAACCGUCACAUAUCGCUCCGCAACAACCUGCGGUCCGAAAUCGGACUCGACUACGCAGACCUGUUCCUCGGACCCAUGUGCGACUACGUGAUCGCGGCGGUGGCGCGGUACGCGGCCAUCUGGGGCGUGCCUGUGGUCACGCCCAGCGCCCAGGCCAACGCCUUCCUCGAUAAGCAGGGCCAGUUCCGCACGCUCACGCGCAUCAUGGGCUCCUACCACCAGCUAGGCGCCGUGUUCCAGCCCGUUAUGCAGCUGUUCGACUGGCGUGUGGCAGGUCUGCUGUACGAGGAGUUCGACACGACCGAGCACAAAGGCCACCACUCGUGCAACUUUAUGAUGAAAGCUGUCUAUGAGGGCAUGAAGGUCAAGCCCACCUACAGAAAGUUUCUGAGCAGUAGUCCACGGCUGGACUUUGCCUCGCUGCUGCGGGAAAUGGCCAAGUCGGCCAGAAUCAUCAUUCUGUGCGCCUCACCUCACCGUGUGCGCGAGAUCCUGCUGGUGGCCGACGAUCUGAACAUGGUCAGCAGCGGCGAGUACGUGUUCUUCAACGUCGAGCUGUCCACCAGGUGA